AUGGUGCAGCUUUGCCUUGGCUUCACCUCUCUUUCCACCAUCCUUUUCCAUUCGAUCUCCCCGCAUUCCUCAUUGCUCACUCCCCAAAUCGUUGCCUCCCCCUUCAUGCAUUUCAGCAGCAGUGGUGAAGCAGCUGAUCCCUCAAACUCCCUGUUUCUUCCCCCCUUCCCCAACCCUACAGGCAUUUCAGCAGCAGUGGUGAAGCAGCUGAGGGAGGAGACCGGAGCCGGCAUGAUGGCAUGCAAGAAGGCUCUCACCGACACCAACGGGGACCUCGACUCAACCUUAUCCCCCGCUCCCCACGCCUCUAUCCAUUCCCUACAGGCAUUUCGGCCGCAGUGCCUCUCACUAACUCACUUACUCUGCUUCUUUUCCCGCUCCCUCACCUUAAACCCCACCUCCGGUGCAGCAGCAGGUGGUAUUUCAGCAGCAGUGGUGAAGCAGCUGAGGGAGGAGACCGGAGCCGGCAUGAUGGCAUGCAAGAUUGCCCUCACAGACGCCAACGGGGACCUCGACACGGCCCGCGAAAUCCUCCGCAAGAAGGGCCUGGCUUCGGCGGACAAGAAAGCCUCUCGCAUCGCGUCCGAAGGGCUCGUCAGCAGCUACGUUCACUCGGACCGCAUCGGGGUUCUCAUUGAGGUGAACUGCGAGACGGAUUUCGUCGCCCGAGGGAGCGCGUUCCAGGAGCUGGUUGAAGAUUUGGGCAUGCAGGUGGCGGCUUGUCCGCAGGUGGAGGUGGUAUCUGUUGAGGAUGUGCCUGCAGAGCAGGUGGCGAAGGAGAGGGAGGUGGAGAUGGGGAAGGAGGAUCUGGCGAGCAAGCCCGAGGCGGUACGCGGGAAGAUUGUCGACGGGAGGAUGGCGAAGCGGCUGAACGAACUGGCUCUUCUAGAGCAGCCGUAUAUCAAGAAUGAUAAGGUGAUGGUGAAGGAUGUGGUGAAGCAGGCCAUUGCUUCUCUUGGGGAGAAUAUCCGCAUUCGCCGCUUCGUGCGGUUUAACCUCGGGGAGGGUAUCGAGAAGAAAUCGGCUGAUUUCGCAGCGGAGGUGGCAGCAGCGAGCCAGGUUCAGGCCCCUGCUGCUCCCGCGCCUGCUGCCGCUCCUGCCGCCGAAGCUGCGCCCGAGCCUGCCGCCGACAAGCCCAAGGUCGCCGUGUCUAUGGCGGCAGUGAAGCAGCUUCGGGACGCCACUGGCGCCGGCAUGAUGGACUGCAAGAAAGCACUGGAAUCCACCGAUGGGGAUGUUGAUGCUGCCCGGGAGCUUCUCCGCAAGAAGGGCCUCGCGAGCGCAGACAAGAAGGCGUCGCGCAUCGCCGCGGAGGGUAUUGUGGGGAGCUACAUUCACGACGGGCGCAUCGGCGCACUGAUCGAGAUCAACUGCGAGACGGACUUCGUCGCACGCGGGGAGAAAUUCCGUGAGCUGGUCGACGACCUAGCGAUGCAGGUGGUGGCGUGCCCGGGGGUGCAAGUGGUGAGCGAGGAGGAUGUUGACUCGGCUUGGCUCGCCAAGGAGCGGGAGAUGGAGAUGGGGAAGGAGGAUCUGGCGAGCAAGCCCGAGGCGGUUCGCGGGAAGAUUGUCGACGGGCGGCUGGCGAAGCGCGUCUCGGAGCUGGCGCUACUGGAGCAGCCGUUCCUUAAGAACGAUAAGGUGACUGUGAAGGAGGUGGUUAAGGAGGUGGUGGCUGCGCUGGGGGAGAACAUCCGCGUGAGACGGUUUGAGAGGUUUACUCUCGGGGAGGGGAUUGAGAAGAAGGUUUCGGAUUUCGCUGCUGAGGUGGCUGCUGCUGCGGGGCAAGCAUAA